UUGUUAUUACAAUCAAUUAAUUCGACAUAUCGAUCAUGCAAACGAAGCAGUUGGAAUUCUCUUUUCUUCUCCUCCUCCUCUACAAAAGUGAUUCGUCAGUGAAGUGAAUAAGAUUAACUAACUUGAUCGAUUGAGGUGUAAGUAAUUAAUUUAAGUAUUAAUAGAUAGAUACAGACAGAUCUGAUCGAUCAUCGAUCGAUAAGAUGAGUUCUAAAACAUCAGUGGCGAGGUUUGAGAACAGAUUAAUUUGCGGAGCGAGUGUGCGACUCCGGUGCCGGUACGUGAAGGACGUGAGAAGGAACCUCUGGUACUACGGCAACCUCAGCUGUCGGAUCCAACCCGGUCGCUGUGCAGACGUCGCCUCCACCUUCUUCCUCGACGAGUGGCUGCGGGAGAAGAAGGGCCAGCAGUUCGCCUUCACCGUUGACGACGACGACGUCGCGGUGGUGGCGCCGCCGCCUCCGCUGGUGUUGGAGCAUGGCGACUUCCUUAAUCUCAUGGGCAAGCACGUUGCCAUUCAGAUCAGGGACGAUAAUCUUCAACUUGAACUGAUCGAAGUACUUGACGCCGUGCUUCCGCCUCCUGCAGCUGACGAUGAAAUCAAUUACCAGUGGCGGUGGUGGUGGCGGACGUCCUUUGGGGUUUGCUAUGGUGCCCGUCAAAACCAUAAAUGACAAACUCCAUAUGAUAUAGUUUACACUAUUUGGGCUCCGCCCAUUCACGUCUCUAAGGUCCUGGGCCUUCUGGCCCAUAUACCUAUAUAAAUAUACACGUAUACAUCUUACCAUCCUCACUAUCACUUUGCCCUAGCCUCACCGCCGUCUUCAUCCUUUUCCGGUUACGAUUUCCUCUACGCAGAGAGCACUCUUCCGCCGCUGCAUCCACCGUCAAUCGAUCUUCCGUACGCUUCGUCUCACUGAACUGUGCACGUUUCUCACGAGGUUAUUAGAAUCGCUCCUGCUCCGGUCUCCGUACCGGAGAUUCCUUCACUCAACAUCAGUUGUCUUUGCUUACGCGCACCUUCAAUUCGUCUUUGUCUAUUCUAUCAUCUAUUUUCCUUAGGAGGUUACUUUGUGAAUCCAGUUUGAUGUGAUCACGGACGAAUUACUUCAAUUUCAUCACACUUGUGUCAUGUGUGCCACUGGUUUACUCACUCGAGGCUGAAUUUGUAUGUGCUUAUCACCCUUAAUUAAUUACUUAAUUAAGCUAUAUAUAUAUAUGUGUGUAUAUACACGAAGUCGGCGGUGAGUGAGCGAGCGAUGAUAUGUAUGAUGACAAUGUACGUACAAUGUAUCUAAUACUAAAGCAGAAAAAUGUCAUGUCGUGUAUUAUAUAUAUACACAUUUUUUUUUUCUUAUAUAUAUAAUGUUGAAA